CCCAACUCCAACCUCUGGUUCUUCAACUUUCCGAUUAUCGGCUCUACUUUCCUACCUUGAUAAACCAGUCUCUCUUGCAGCUCAUCAAUCGUGUAACCAGUCAUAAUUUACUAAUCAAGCACCAGAGAAAAAGCUUCAACCUUCAUUCACAUGGCCUCCUAUGCCCCGAUCAUGUCCUCCUACGAUGGCCGCAUCAGACCACUACUCGACUGCAUCGACAAGCUGCGCAGCCUCAAUAUCAGUCAGGAGGGCAUCCAGCUUCCGACCAUUGUGGUCGUCGGCGACCAGUCCUCCGGCAAGUCCAGCGUCCUGGAGUCUCUGGCCGGAAUCAGCCUCCCCAGGGCGCAAGGGAUGUCCACCCGGGUCCCGCUCAUCAUGAGGCUCCAGAAUCAGCCCGACCCGGACAGCCCGCCGGAGAUACAUUUGGAAUUUGGCGGGAAAAUCGUCCCGACGGACGAAGCCCAGAUUGUGGACGCGAUCACUUCUGCCACCGAUGAGAUUGCCGGGCGUGGGAAAGGGGUUUCUCGGACCCCUUUGACGCUGACGGUGAAGAAGUGUGGGGUUCCUGAUCUUACAAUGGUGGAUUUGCCCGGAAUCACCCGGGUUCCGGUCAGGGGCCAGCCGCACGACAUCUAUGAGCAGAUCAGAGACAUGAUUUUGGAGUACAUAACCUCCAAGGAGAGCAUUAUACUGAAUGUUUUGUCUGCCACAGUUGAUUUCCCAACCUGUGAAUCUAUUCGGAUGUCCCAGAAAGUGGACAAGACCGGGGAGAGGACCCUAGCGGUGGUCACUAAGGCUGACAUUGCUCCACAAGGGCUUCUUGAAAAGGUCACUGCUAAUGAGGUUCAAAUUGGGUUGGGAUAUGUAUGUGUUAGGAAUCGAAUCGGUUCCGAAUCCUACGAGGAUGCUAGAAUCGAAGAAGCUAAGAUCUUUGAUACUCAUCCCCUCUUGUCCAACAUUGACAAGUCCAUGGUCUCCAUUCCAGUUUUGGCUGACAAGUUAGUGAGCAUCCAGGAGAGGAUCAUCUCAAAAUGUUUGCCUGACAUUGUUAAGAAAAUCAAUGACAAACUUGAAUCAAAUUUGGCUGAGUUGAACAGAUUGCCACCAACACUAACGUCCAUGUCAGAGGUGUUGGCUGUGUUGGUGCGGGUUCUGAACUCCACCAAGAAUUCACUGAGCAAACUUCUACUUACAGCGGACUUUGAAGAGUAUCUUGGGGAGACAGAUAUGCACGGCAUCGCUAAGAUAAUGGAGAUGGUCAAUGGGGGCACCACUGUCUUGAAAUCAGAAAAUCUUGAAAAUAAAGGCGGGAAAGGCUUCUUGAUGGACGAGAUCUCUGAACUAGAGAUGGGAGGGUUAUCAAAUUUCCUUCCUCAUCGGGCCUUCAUCUAUAUGCUGCAGAAAAGGCUCAAUCAGAUAUCCCCGCUUUUAGUUAAACUGGUGGGAGAUAUCUGGAUGUAUAUUGGAACAGUUGUGACCAAUGUACUUUUGCUUCAUUCUAAAAACUGCCCGCAAAUUCAGUCUUGCACAACGAGAGCUGCUGAAAAUUUGAUUGCGAAAAAGAAAUCAGGGUCGAUGAGUUGGGUAAUGGAGAUGAUUGGAAUGGAGAAGUUGGGGAACUACACCUGCAAUCCUGAGUACUUUGCAACCUAUGACACUCUCAUGCUUAAGCAAGGACAAUUAACUGAGUCUGGUUUUGAAAUCGCUGAAAUUGGAGCUGGUGCAAUCGAAGUUGGGCAUCUCAAGAGUUAUCGACCAGAUGUGGUGAGACAAGCAUUCGAUAUAAAGAUGAGAAUGGUGGCGUAUUGGAAGAUUGUGCGAAUGAGGAUUGUGGAUGGAAUGGUGUUGCACAUCCUGUUUACUUGUCAAAAGCUUGUGGAUAAGGAGAUAGAAGAUGAAGUUAUUAAGGACUUAACCGGGCAUGGAGGCAUUGAGAAGAUGCUUGAGGAAUCGGCAUUGGAUGCUGAGAAGCGUCAAUGCUUGCUCAAGAGCAUCGAACUACUUGAGGAAUCCAGGGAUGUAGUCGCCAAGAUGAUGGACAGGAUCACUCUUACUAACGAGUAAAGGAAUCUUGUUUGUUUUCUGAAAGUAAUGUUUAUUAUUGUAUUGUUCAUGGGUAAAUACCCAACCUCCCAUACAUCCACUGCAUCAUAUCAUUGUGUGUACUGUACAGAGUAAACUUUUACAACUGUUAAAUACUUAGAAAGGAAUGUGUGUGUUUAAAUGAGUAGUUAUCUAGAG